AUGCUUACGGUAUCUGAAGGUUUUGAAUUGACAAGUCCAGACCGGAAAAAGGCACUUGUAGCUCUGGCCUAUGCGACUGCCCGAGAUCAAAUGCUGGCUCUUAAGGCAAUUCUCAUUUGUUCCGACGUGCGCGACACAACUACUAUCGAGGGCAAGCAUGCCAAAGACCCCAAAGGCUGGCAUGGCACCUUCGCCUUCAAGACCGACAACCAAGUGGAGCGAGAAUUUCAUGUGGCAACACAUGGAUACACCAGUGGAAAAGAGAAUUUUGUCCUGAAGGAGGCAACACAUACUCCGGAGCAACAGGACAAAACUCCUCGGGGUGGAAGGAGAUCUGGAAAGGUUGUUUGGCCGGCAGAGGACCUACUCGAAGAAUAUGUGGAUAGCCCAUCGCUUACUCGCACCUACCCGAACAGAAAUAAUAGCUAG